CUUGGUUCCUAUCCAUUUCAAGUGCCAUCUCCCUCUCUUGCUUGUCUCACUUGUAGUCCUCUAUUAUAACAAUUUAUGCACAAGUCUAUCCACCAGUAUAGAAAAAUUUUCAAUCAAUCUUUUCAUCACCAUUUUGGCAUAUAUCAAUUCAAUUAUUCAACCAUUAUGCCACAGUUGCUAAUAAAAUUCCAAACACAAUAAAUUAGAAAGGGAAGCAUACCCUCCAUAUACUUUGUCAUUUACAAUUACAUUGAAACUCCACCAACCACUCCUGCCACCUUUUCAAUCCUUGUUUUCAGUUUCCACACUAAUGGGGAUAUUGAUUGUGCUGCUCAUUUUGCUUUUCAUUCAUAUACAUGGCAAUAAUCAUCACAAAGAGGCAAGAGGAAAUUCACUGAGUUGUGAUUUGUUUCAAGGUAACUGGGUUAUUGAUGAUUCAUACCCUCUUUAUAAUACCUCACAAUGUCCAUUUAUUAUCAAGGAAUUUGAUUGCCAAAAGAAUGGUCGUCCUGAUCAACUCUAUGUCAAGUACAGAUGGCAGCCCAAAAGCUGCAACUUACCAAGUUUGUGCACAGAUUCAAUGGUGAAGAUUUCUUGAGAAGACUUAGAGGGAAAAGUAUCCUGUUCGUGGGGGACUCUUUGAGUUUGAAUCAAUGGCAAUCACUCACUUGCAUGCUUCACAUAGCUGUGCCACAUGCAAAUUACACUUCAGUUAGAACCGGAGGCUUAUCUACCUUCACCUUCCCGAGUUAUGAUGUUAAGGUGAUGCUUUCCCGUAACGCAUUUUUGGUGGAUACUGUAAAUGAGAGUAUUGGUAGAGUUCUGAAGUUAGAUUCAAUUGAAGGUGGAAAAAUGUGGAAAGGAAAUGACAUACUGAUAUUCGACUCUUGGCAUUGGUGGCUUCACGUAGGAAGAAAACAACCAUGGGAUUUCAUUCAAGAAGGAAAUCAUACAUACAAGGACAUGGAUCGUUUGGUUGCUUAUGAGAAAGGCUUGAAAACAUGGGCCAAAUGGGUUGAAGACAAUGUUGACCCUAACAAAACAAGGGUUUUCUUUCAAGGAGUAUCUCCAGAUCAUCUCAAUGGAGCAAAAUGGGGGCAGCCAAGUGCAAGAUUCUGUGAGGGGCAAACGGUGCCAGUAUUUGGAUUUGAGUAUCCAGGGGGUACACACCCAGCUGAGUUAGUGUUAGAGAAAGUGUUAGGAGGCAUGUCAAAGUCAAAGCAUGUGUAUUUGCUAAAUAUUACAACGUUGUCACAGAUGAGGAAAGAUGGUCACCCUUCUGUUUAUGGACAUGGUGGACACAGGGACAUGGAUUGCAGCCACUGGUGUCUACCUGGUCUUCCUGACACUUGGAAUUUGCUUUUAUAUGCAGCUCUCCUUCAAAACUAAUUAAGCUCUAAGGCUGGUAAUAAAUGACCAUGAGUUUCAAUUAUAAGUAACUCUCAUUCAAAUUAAAUUCAUGUGAUAUUCAUUGUUGUAGUUAUUACAGACAAACGCUUUCCAUAGAAUUAUAUAUUUCUUGAAUUUAAUCAAAUUUGAAUUCAUUAAAUUAUUAUGGUCGUCAUAAAAUCAUCAUAUUAACUUUAUGAUCAGAAUUGGGAAGUUAAAUGGUACGUACCAUGUUCUUAGGGAAGAAAUUGUUUAAUGGUCGAUGGCUUAAUUAAGAAUGCAUGUCCUCAGCUCAGAGUUUGACAUUAAAUCCUUUCAUCACAUUCCCCUCCUUAAUUAUUUCGAUGUAUCUGAUUUUUAAA